UCCUUGGGAAUCGCACAGGUAGAGGGAUGUCUUUCAUCUUCUAGAUAUCGGUGGGCAGAAAUCUUUAUUCGAGCUCGAACAGCCUUAUUUUCUCUCCUUCGCUCUCCCAGUGCGCCCUCUCGCUCUAUUGCAAGCCUACUGUAUUUCUGCUGCAGAGUGGGGCGUGUGACGUCAACGAAUGCUGGAGCGGCUCCUUCGCUCGAGCGAGAAAUGGGGAGAAAAUUGCAAGGGCCAAAGGUAAUGGUGAGGCAGAAGUAACGGUGACAAGAGGAACAAAUCGACAACCGAAGAAGAUUCUGAAUCUGUGUGUCAGAUUUCCAGUAUGUGUGAUGGCGUGAAUGGCCUUUGGUCUUCUUCUCGCCUCCCUCAGACAUCCCUCUUCCUUCUCGCCCUCAUCUAACUCCCACCGCCACCCUCAUCUCACCACCACCAUUUUUGUACCAUGAGAGGAUCCGCCCAAUUCUCGGUGAGUAGUAAGCCCGUGGCGUAUCGGCGCCACUGAGCGCUGUGCCGCGUGAGGGCCCCCCCCCCCCCGGCGGCCUCUCGCGGAAUGGCUUCUCUGGACCUGCCCUACCGCUGUCCUCGUUGCGGGGAGCACAAGCGCUUCCGGUCGCUGUCCUCCCUCCGUGCCCACCUGGAGUACAACCAUACCUACGAGACGCUCUACGUGCUCUCCAAGUCCAACAGUGUGUGCGACGCAGCUGCGCUACUCCCCCUGGUGGCCGACGGAGACCUUCUCCUCGCUCCUUCAGUCCCCGGCGUUAACCACAGCAACAACAUUAACGACCCCUUCGACGGUCUUCAACUCCGGUCUUCCGCCUUCAGGGACUUCAAGGAGCGCCGCUUCCAGUGCCGCGAGCUUCCCUGCCCGGACGACCUCGGCGGUUUAUCCACAACUUCCAACGCCGCGGCUCGCUACAUCCCCAAUGUAGAGUUCCCCCUGGGGGAGAUCUUUGUGAAGAAAGCCAUGAGCGCAGCCGGGGACCCCCACGGCAACCAAAGCACGGCCGUGGCAGUGGCGGCGAAUGUGGCUGCGAGCGCGGUGGAGGCGGCCUAUGAGGAGGGCCUGGCCAGGCUGAAGGCAAGAGCCUUUGAGCGUCUGGAGCUGGACGAGAGGCUGGAGAAACUCUCAGAGGAGGUGGAGCAGAAGAUAGCUGCACGUGUGGGCCGGCUGCAGGCGGAGCUGGAGAGGAAGAGCGGUGAGCUGGAGCGGGCCAAGCAUGAGAGCGAGCGGCUUGGCCAGGAGAAACAGGACCUGGAGGACAAGGCAUCGGAGCUCUCCCGCCAGGUGGACGUUUCGGUGGAGAUGCUGGCCAACCUCAAGCAGGACCUGGUCAGCAAGGAGGAGGAGCUCACCCACAAACAACAGGAGGUAACCCAGAUAGACCAGUUCCUCCAGGAGACGGCGGCGCGGGAGGCCAACGCCAAGGUGCGCCUGCAGCAGUUCAUCGAAGAGCUCCUGGACCGUGCCGACCGCGCCGAGAAACAGCUGCAGAUCAUCAGCAGCUGCGGGACCACGCCCAACGGCAGUAUGGGACGCUGCAGCCUGCCUGGCUCCAACAAGGGCUCCAACAAUGGACGCCAGAGGAACUCCAGUAUCUCGGGGACGUCCAGGGGCAUGUACCAGGUCUCUGACCGACGAUCCUCUCCCAGCACCGGAGCGUCGGGCCGGGUCAAGUCCUUCUCCCAGGGCUCAGGCGGGGGCUACGACAGCGGCGACAGCGUGGAGAUGCACCCCAUGGAAGAGUGCCCCGAGGGCCAGUACUACCACGUCCAGUGUCGGCUGGGGGAAGGGGGCGGACAGUGCUACGAGAGGGCCGGGGUGUCCCGGAGCUGGGGGCUCCGCAAGCAGGCCAUCCAGAACUGGCAGCGGAGACCCUACCGGAACAGCACGGAGGGGGAGGAGGGAGAGGAGGGUGACGUGUCGGACGUGGGCUCCAGGACUACCGAGUCGGAGGCGGAGAUGUGGGAGCAGCAGGAAAGGAGGGCCACCAUGGCCGAGACGCAGCAGUCUGGCGCGCCGAGACCAUCUGGAUACCGCCUAGGCACAGGGCGGUCCGAGGGGGGCUACCGCCACAACAAGCCGUGUCGCCACGACAAGAGCCUGUCCCGGUCCAACAACGAGGUGAUCAGCCCGGAGAUACUGAAGAUGAGGGCGGCUCUGUUCUGUAUCUUUACCUACCUGGAUACCAAGACCCUGUUGAGAGCCGCGGAGGUCUGCAGGGACUGGAGGUUCGUGGGCCGCCACCCUGCCGUGUGGACCCGGGUGCUGCUGGAGAACGCCCGCAUCUCCUCCAAGUUCCUGAGUACACUGUCCCAGUGGUGCACCCAGACCCAUUCCCUCAUUCUCCAGAACCUGAAACCACGACAGAGGGGCAAGAAGGAGAUCAAGGAGGAGUACCUCAAGAGCACACGGGGUUGUCUAGAAGAGGGUCUGGAGUCCUUGCUGAAGGCUACAGGAGGGAACCUGUUGAUCCUCAAGGUGUCUCAUUGUCCCAACCUGCUAACUGACCGCUCCCUGUGGCUCGCCAGCUGCUACUGCCGAGCCCUGCAGGCCGUCACUUACAGGAGUGCCACAGACCCUGUAGGACAGGAGGUGAUCUGGGCUCUAGGAGCAGGCUGUAGAGACAUAAUCUCCCUCCAGGUGGCACCACUACAUCCAUGCCAACAACCGGCUCGCUUCAGCAACCGAUGCCUGCAGACCAUUGGCCGAUGCUGGCCGUACCUCAGAGCCCUGGGCGUUGGCGGGGCAGGUUGUGGCAUUCAGGGACUAGCCUCGUUGGCGAGGAACUGCAUGCGUCUGCAGGUGUUGGAGCUGGACCAUGUGAGUGAGGUCAACCAGGAAGUGGCAGCUGAGGUGUGCAGGGAGGGUCUGAAGGGCCUGGAGAUGCUGGUCCUCACCUCCACCCCGGUCACCCCUAAGGCCCUGCUUCACUUCAACAGUGUGUGUCGUAACCUGAAGUCCAUCGUGGUGCAGAUCGGUGUAGAGGACUACUUCGAGGACCCCAAUAGCCCUGAGGCUAGGAAGCUCUUUGAUGAGAUGGUGAACAAGCUGCAGGGCUUGAAGAAGAGACCGGGCUUCUCCAAAAUUCUGCACGUGAAGGCGGACAUCCUCUGCUAACCCCUUUCACCACUCAGGACCCCCCCCAAAGAAGGGUCGGCCAUUUUGUUUCCAGUCACACCAACAGAACAGACCCUGUCAUUUGAAACCCCUUGACGUACCAGUCAGCCAACACACACACACAACUGAAGAGGAAAUUCAGCAACUGUUGGAGAAAGUGGAAGUUGAUAAACAUGCUGCUUUUUAGUUAAAAAUAAAAACCAAUGUGUUUUCGGCCCUUAGCCUUGACUAAAAGACAGACACAGACACCACAGACAGAUAGAUGCUCCAUAGACCAUUACAAUGCAUUACAGAACAGAGGAUAGACAAGACAAGAGGCCUGGUUAGGCCUGGUUAGGGCCUGGUUAGGUUAGGUCCACACCUUACCCUGGAGCAUACAAACCCAGUGGAGAUUCUCAUGAAGGGACCAAACCCUCCUUUACCAUAGAUAUGUACGAGAGCUCAUCCCUUAUCUUUUCAAUGGCUGCUUUUUUGACCAAAUGGGCAGCAACAUUGAGGGCUAACUCCAUUUUAAAGUAGUACAUUUUGUGUGUCCUCUAUCCAACUUUAUGGUGGGGGUAAAGACAUCAUCAGGCAGGUAACAAGACCAGGGGCCCGUAAGUCUCCGCAAAAGCAUACAGGGACCCUGCCUGUGAGUUUCUGACCUGGCAAACGGAUUUGAAACGUAAACUCAGCAGGACUAUUGGACUUUGUAGAUGCUGUAAUCUCGGCGGCCAUUUUGAUUUCAACUGAGAAAAUAGCUGUAAGCAGGAGGACGGAUGUCAUGAAAGAGCAGGCUCUCGUUCUCUCUUUAUUCACUGAGAGCAUUGCAGAGAAUGUGUCUGGGAUGCUUUUUAUCAAGAUGCUAAACAGUUAGUUAAAAUAGACUCCCAACCUGUGUGUGUGUGUGUGUGUGUGUGUAUGUGUAAGGGAGGGCAAUACAUGACAUACCAGCUGCAGACUUGGUCGAACAUAAAAUGAGAAGAUAUCUUGUCACCUUGAGAACAUUUUUAUUCCAAGGUCUUUAUUGGCCAAUCAGCCACUCCAUGGUGUGGUCGCCAUGGGAACAGUGCAAUAUUGAACACUAGGUGCAUCCUUAGCAUGAUCAUCAGCCGAGCACCAUCUCUCGCACAGCCUUGGAUUUUUCAGCUGUCAAUUACUUUGGUCUGUGGAACUCUUACGGUACCAAUAGGCCGGUUGGUCCAUAAGGCAGCUACUGUUUUAUGUUUUUAAACGGGGUUGCAAAUGAAUUCAUUAUGCCUCUAUUUCAGAAUUGAUGGCAUUCACAGAACGUGUCUGUUCUAUCUUCAUUUCGUAAAAUGGUUUCUCCAGUGUGCCACUAAUCUAUAGGAGUGUUGUAAAGGCAGGCGUUAACCCUAUACUAGCCACUAGCUCUGUAAGCUGCAGUGAAUUACAUGCAUAAGCUACAUCCCAAAUGCACCCUAUUCCCUAUUUAGUGUAAUAUGUUUAGCCAGGGCUCAUAAGGCUCUGGUCAAAAGUAGUGCGCUGAAUAGGGUGCCAGUUGAGAAACGGCUAUAGUCCUACAUCCAGUGCACGCAAACCACAACUUCCAUGAGCGAAAAGUUGCUGAUUGUUGAUUGACAUGAUGCCAUUUAUAUGUUAAACUGGCUAUAAACAUAAUGUAUAAUACAUUUAUAUAUGUUACAGCCGUUUAUUAUGAUAUAUAUAUAUAUAUAUAUAUAUAUAACGCUGUUGUAUUUACAGCCAGUACACCGGAAGGGCUUCUUAUUGCCCGCCAAUUACAUAGAGUUGGAUAGAGGGCACAUAUUUGGUUCUUUGCCACAAUGGCUUCAUAACUGUGCCCUCUAUCCAACUUUAUGACCAGUUGCGAUUUGUUCGAUGUCAUAGGUCAGCUGACUCUCUGGAGCCCUCUGCUGAGCAGGAUGACUCGUGCAACGACACACAGCUGGUGGAGAAGUAGGAAGUGUCUCUGGAUGCCUCCCAAAUGGCUCUGGUCAAAGGUAGUGCACUAUAUUGGGAAUAGGGUGACAUUUGGGAUGCAGACUUGAUCUCAAUUGCCUCAAAGUCCUCUUCUUGUUUCUUCAUCUGCACUGAUUGCCUUGACAAGUGAAAACAAAAUGGUGGAAGCUCAUAGUUAGGCUGUCUUACACCUGACCAGUUAUUUUUGCUCAGUGCAAUGAUGGGAGAAGAGGAAAGAGUUAGCCUGUAUGGAUCCACUCGCAAUACUGUAACGUUAAUGCAUUCAAGCAAGUCGUUGAGCUCAGGCAACAAUGCACACCGACCCAAGCCAUGCACCCACCCCAGGGAGGCAUCUCAAGUCUAAUGUGGGCUCCUUCUGACAGAAGACAACAGUUGGAAGCUGAUCCUCUGGUAGGCUUUGACUUAUCCUUUGUUUGUAGGUCAUUGUAGAUAAAGGAAACGAGAGAAAGCCAUUUUUAGACCAUUGAGAUGCAGCCCGUGUGCUGCUUCCCCGUUUAGUUUUUUCAAUGGAGAGAUGUUUAGUGAAGUUGAGCACCGAAUUCUGUUCUAAGUUACGCGCUGGUUUGUUUUAGUAGUGCUAGCCUGACAUGAACACACACACACUACAGUGGUUUCUCAUCUCUCCAUGUUCUCUUCCAAUACUGAAUAUUGUACUGCCUUGCCCCUCAGAGAUUGAAAAUGGGUUUCAAGUAAAAGGUGUUUUUAAAGUCACUGUCACAAUAGAGAAAACACAAUGCACUUGUUUAUUUACGUGUGCUCCAAAUGGCUCCCUUUUCCCCUGUAUAGUGAACUGCUGUACGUUAGACCAGGGCCCAUAGGGCUCCGGUCAAAAGUAGUGCACUAUAUAGGGAGUGGGGUGUCAUUCGGGAUUCAGCUUUAGGGGGUUUUCAGUUCCUGACAAUCUUGUCUUCUUUUAGACAUUAAACACUGUACAUAAUGUUGUUUAUAAUAUAAAAAGAUUACUGCAUUUGGUGUUAUAAAAAUGAAGGUCAUACGUAUAAGUAUUAAGAGUCUACAGGUGUCCAUUCUGUAAGUUUUUUUUUUUUUUUCUUCUCCAAAGUCGAAAUGAAAGAUUCAGCUACAGUAGCAAGAAAAAGCAUGUGAACCCUUUGGAAAUACCUGGAUUUCUGCAUAAAUUGGUCAUAAAAUUUGAUCUGAUCUUCAUCUAGGUCACAACAAUAGACGAACACAGUCUGCUUAAACUAAUAACACACAAGCAAUUGUACGUUUUCAUGUCUUUAUUGAACACACCGUGUAAACAUUCACAGUGCAGGGUGGGAAAAGUAUGGGAACCCUUGGAUUUAAUAACUUGAUUACCCUCCUUUGGCAGCAAUAACCUCAACCAAACGUUUUCUGUAGUUGCGGAUCAGACCUGCACAACGGUCAGGAGGAAUUUUGGACCAUUCAUAUUUACAAAACUGUUUCAGUUCAGCAAUAUUCUUGAUGUCUGGUGUGAACUGCUCUCGAGGUCAUGCCACAGCAGUAUCUCAAUUGGGUUGAGGUCAGGACUGGGCCACUCCAGAAGGUGUAUUUUCUUCUGUUGAAGUCAUUCAGUUGUUGAUUUAUUUCUGCGUUUUGGGUCGUUGUCCUGUUGCAUCACCCAACUUCUGUUGCGCUUCAAUUGGCGGACAGAUAGCCUAACAUUCUCCUGCAAAAUGUCUUGAUAAACUAAGGAAUUCAUUUUUUCUGUCUACGGUAGCAAGCUGUCCAGGCCCUGAGGCAGCCCCAAACUAUGAUGCUCCCUCCACCAUACUUUACAGUUGGGAUGAGGUUUUGAUGUUGGUGUGCUGUGCCUUUUUUUCUCCACACAUAGUGUUGUGUGUUCCUUCCAAACAACUCAACUGUAGUUUCAUCUGUCCAACAGUGCUGAACUUUCUCCAUUUAUAGACAAUUUGUCUUACUGUGGACUGAUGAACAUCAAGGCUUUUAGAGAUACUUUUGUAACCCUUUCCAGCUUUAUGCAAGUCAACAAUUCUUAGGUCUUCUGAGAUCUCUUUUUGUUCCAGGCAUGGUUCACGUCAGGCGAUGCUUCUCGUGAAGAGCAAACUCAAAUUUUGUGAGUUUUUAUUUUUUUAAUUUUUUUUUAUAGGGCAAGGCAGCUCUAAACAACGUCGCCAAUCUCUUCUCAUUGAUUGGACUCCAGGUUAGCUGACUCCAAUCAGCUUUUGGAGAAGUCAUUAGCCUUGGGGUUCACAUACUUUUUCCAAUGUUUAAAUGAUGUAUUCAAUAUAGACAAGAAAAAUACAAUAAUUUGUGUUAUUAGUCUAAGCACACUAUGUUUGUGACUUAGAUGAAGAUCAGAUCAAUUUGAUGACCAAUUUAUGCAGAAAUCCAGGUAAUUGCAAAGGGUUCACAUGCUUUUUCUUGCCACUGUAUAUUAUGUAUAAACGGUAGUGUUGAAGUUUGCAGUCGUGUGCUAUAGAUGCUUUAUAUUCAAUGUUCAUCAGAAAUGUGCUAUAGAGAUGGACAUUAUUUAGGAAAGAAAGAGGAUAAAGAUUAUUUGAGCUAUUUAUUUCUAUAAAAAGAGGUCUAUAAUGUUGGCAUGUUUGUUCAUGCAUCAAUCAUCACGUUGCCUUUAACAUAUUCUGCUGUAGUGGCUGUAGUUAUAGAUUAAUAUUUAAAAAGAUUUUAAGAUUGCUUGCAAAAGUUUAUGCUGUAUUUUAUUUUUAAUACGUCUGUUGCACUAGUGGGGGAAAAAAAUAAGAAAAUACUGAUAUUUAAUAUUAGUGCUGUUUGUUAAUGUUUAAAACGCUUUCUCAGUAUUUGACAUAUAAUGAUGCACUUUUUUUCUAGAGCGCUUUUAGAGGUUCUGUAAGAGUAACAAAAAUCACACUUCAGUCAGUCAACAUUGUCACGCCGUUUCCAUGGUUUCCUCUGUCGUGUGAGCGAUAGGUUGGUUUCUCUCUUACAUAGUCGUGAUGAUUGGUUGAUUUGUUUAAACUGAAUGGCCAAUUAGGAGCAAGAAGGUAGAUCACUUCAUGACCAGUAGCCAAUGGCAACGGAGAGUUUUUAACAUGUCACACAAUGCAGACCCUAUUUUAUCGCCUAUAUCUGCCAUUGGCUGUUGAAGUUUAUGGUUGAACCCAUGGCCAACCUGGUUCAACUGCAUUUCAAGUCCUGUUGAGGUUAAUUGUACACCAACAUGACCUUAUGAUCGUUACCAGGUAAUGGCGAGUCUAACUAUGUUUGUGUACUCUGUGUUUGUGUUGGUUUGCUUUAAAGCUUCUUAUCCAAAUUUAUUGUGUGACAGAAGUCCUGCUGAAAUUGUUUGAGUACAUGUCCUGAAAACUGAAUCAAAUAAGAGAAUGAGAUUAAGAGUUGAAGAGGAGUCAUUCUGACAAAAACAUACUCUCUGUCUGGGUUCCCCAACUGGUGGUCCCGGGCAGGGAUUUUAAUUGCAUUUUAUUUUAUUUCUGAGCAACAAAAGAGAACUUGGUUGGACAUAAAGUACUGUAAAAACAACAAUAUAUUGGCUCCAAUUGAUUUUCAUUGAGGAAAUCUGUUCCAAAGUAUUCAAAUCAAACUUUAUUUGUCAAAUGCGCCCAAUACAACCUUACUGUGAAAUGCUUACUUACAAGCCCUUAACCAACAGUGCGGUUCAAGAAGAGUUAAGAAAAUAUGUACAAAACAAAUGGAGGGAGGGGUCAAUGUGAUAGACCGGUGGCCAUUUAAUGAAUUGUUCAGCAGUCUUAUGACUUGGGAGUAGAAGCUGUUAAGAAGCCUUUUGGACCUAGACUUGGUGCUCCGGUACUGCUUGCCGUGUGGUAGCAGAGAACAGUCUGACUUGGCUGACUGGAGUCUCUGACAAUUUUAUGGGCUUUCCUCUGGCACCGCCUAUUCCCACGCAUAAUAGAGAUAUGUGAUCGUAUACAAAUGUAAGCAAGGUUUGGAAUGAUUGUUUUAGUCAAAUAUACAGUACCAGUCAAAAGUUUGGACACGUACUCAUUCAAAGGUUUUUCUUUAUUUUUACUAUUUUCUACAUUGUAGAAAUAACACAUAUGGAAUCAUGUAGUAACCAAAAAAGUGCUAAACAAAUCAAAAUAUAUUUAACAUUUUACAAAGUAGCCACCCUUUGCCUUGAUAGCUUUUCACACUCUUGGCAUUCUCUCAACCAGCUUCUUGAUGUACUCACCUGGAAUGCAUUUCAAUUUACAGGUGUGCCUAAAGUUCAUUUAUGGAAUUUCUUCCCUUAAUGCGUUUGAGCCAAUCAGUUGUGUUGUGACGAGGUAGGAUUGGUAUAUUUGCUUAUUUGGCAAAAGACCAAGUCCAUAUUAAGGCAAGAAUACCUCAAAUAAGCAAAGCGAUACGACAGUCCAUCAUUACUUUAAGACAUGAAGGUCAGUCAAUCCGGAACUUUUUGACUGGUACUGUAUCUGUUUGGCCUUACGGUAAAUGUUUAGCCUAUAAAUGAUUUGUAAUUAUCUUCUAUCCCUCUGGCCAUCCGCUCAAGAAUAAAAUCGGCCCGCGGCUGAUUGUAGUUGAUGAUCCCUGCUGUAUGUUCUACUACGAGGAUCUUAUCCAUAGCUAAGAUUCAAUGUGUCUGUCGUUAAAGAGAGAAUUACCCCAAAUUACACAAUGACACAGUUUCCCUUACCCUAUAAGCAGUCUAUUGACAAGGUAAGUCCAUGCUUUGGUUUUGUUUACCUGGCCACUGCCACAGACUGCUUAUAAGGUAAGGAAACCAAUUUGUAAUUUGGUGAACUAUCCCGUUUUAAUGUUUUUAUGACUUGAUUUGGUAACUUAGUCAUUCCGAAUAUCAAAUAAUUUAAUGAUUCCCAUGAUCACGAUUCCUUGUCGCAAUUUUAUUUUAUUCAUUUAUUGUAAUAAGUUGAUACAUGAUGCUUUCAUUAUUUGUUAUUUUCGAGAACCCUGGCCAAUGUUUCCUAUUGAUACACACAAGAAAAUAGUGUAUCUUAAUUUUUGCUCUUUCAAAGCCCAGCUCUGAUUCAUGGAGUAAGGUUGUUUGGGAUAUGGCCAAUCCAUUUUUGUCUGUAAAACAAACUAUUCUACUGUGUCAGGCAUUUGACUGCAUUUUCCUAAGUCCAGCUUUGUGCCAAGAUUUUAUGUUUUUAUCUAAUAUGUCUCUCUUGUCCCAAAUGGCACCCGAUCCCCUAUAUAGUGCACUGCUUUUGACCAGAAUCCUGUGGGCCCUGAUCAAAAGUAGUGCGCUAUGUAGGGAAUAGGGUGCCAUUUUAGAAACAAAUGUCUCAAUUCUUAUGUAAUUAAUUAGCCUGGAUCCAGAUCUGUUGCUACAUCUUGCCAUGUCAAUGACCAUCGGGAUUGGCAAGAUGGCACGAACAGAUCCGGGACAGAGGCUAGCAUUUUUUUUAUUUUUUUUUUACCUCUUCUGCACAUAUUCCCUGUCUGGAUGAUUGUAUUCUCUGUCCAUUUGUCUGAAUAGUAUUUGAACUCAUUACCUCAACACUUAUCCGGGCAACUAAGUGUGCACAUUCUUUCAUUAUUAUUUUGGACAGUCAUUGAUAUUCUGCUCAUUAAUGUACUAUAUCGAAUAUAGGUAUGUCAUGUUGGUAUGACCAGGUUGAUUCAAAACCCAAACAGUCGUUCCCACAACAGUGUUAUGCCGUUCAUCAUCCCAAGACCAUUGCAAUAAAUGAAAAGGUGUUAUUUUCCCACUCAUAGUCAAAUUCAUCCAUUUCUUAUCAUCAAUAAAAUGGCUUAAAUACA